AUGACGCAUAAUCGACAUUAUCGAAUUCAAGAGAAAUAUAUUGCUUAUCAUCCCAUCUUUAUUGUAUCCGAUGAUGAAAAUAAAACUGCGUAUAUUCUUCAUUACCAACAUCACAAGUUUGGUCAUCAAUUGGUGCUGAUGGAUUCGUCUGGCACAGUAUUGAUGAAUAUUCGACAUAUAGUUGAUCGUCAUCAAACAUACGAUAUUUACGUUGUUGACAAAAACGGUCACCACAAUUUAUUAGGAGUUUUUCGACGGAUAGGUAGACCGUGGCAUCAUAAAUUUUUAGUCGAAUCUGUAUAUGGUGAACAUCAAAUCGAUCGAAUGGGGAGAUUGUCUCAUCAUAAAUAUGAAAUGAUGCAUGAUCAACAAUUAAUUGCUAAAAUCAAUGCAAAAGAUGAUAAAUCGGAUGAUUUAGUUUCGAUCGAAAUUGUCGCAGAUGUUGAUGUGAUGAAAGAUCCGUUCAUUCUGGCUCUCGUAAUGGUUCAACAAACCUUAUAA